AUGCCGCUUGUUCAUGGAUGCGGGCUCUCCGCUUCGUCCGCUCUGCUUUCCCGGCUUCUUCACUCAUCUCGAGCCGUCGCGGUCGUUGGAUCGGAGCCGCCGGUUGCUGGGGAGAGAUCUGGACCGUCGGGCGAGAGAGCGGCUGGCGGGGAGGAGGAGAGUGUGGGGGAUUUGCAUGUGAGCUAUGGCGCGACGGAAGUAGAGGGGGAGGAGGUGGAAAGAAGAGGGAAUUUCAAUGACGGAAGGGAGGAGGAACGGGGAAGGGUUUGGGAUGAGGUUCGGGAAGAGGAUCGGAAUGUUGAGGCGCGGGGAGGGGUGGAUUUAGCGGACGGGGAGAAGCAGGAAAUGCCGACGAGACAGCGACGGGUUCGGGUGCGGGAGGAGGCAGGCGGCGAGGCGGCGGCAGGGGGAGGGACGGCGGAAGAAGGACGAUCAAGAGAGGGAAGCCUUGGCAACACCGAGCAGGGUAGUCGUACCAAUGAGGCUGUAAUUACCGCAAAGGGUGUUAGUAACGCGGAGGCCAAUAACGAGGACGACGAUGACGACAUGAGCGGGUACGGCGUGGCGUCGGAGGAGGAUCUGCGCAAUGCGAAGCAGAUCGCGGACACGAUUCUCAGCGGGCGGUUCUUCGCGGGGAUGAGCCGCGGGAAACGGCACUGGGCAGGGGACGACGCGGGGGAGAGCGGCAACGCGGGAGGAGAGGAUGGGGGACGGCCGGGGUUCAGGGGUUUGGGGGACUGGUUGGGGGUGGCGGGCGGGGGACAGGCGGAGGCGGAGGGGCAGGUGGCGGUGGAGAAGCAGCGGUUUGCGCGUGUGGCGCUGGUGGGCGCGCCCAACGCGGGGAAGUCCGCCCUGAUGAACAGACUGGUGGGCGUGAAGGUAUCAGCGGUAUCGCGCAAGACCAACACGACGCAGAGGGAGGUGGUGGGCAUCCGCACCACCGGGCCCACGCAGCUGGUGAGCUUCGAGUUUUCACACGCCUUAACACUGCUGGUGAGCAGAGCGCACGCCCCACACAGCUGGUGA